UCAUUUCCUUGAGCUGUUUAUCAACUGAUAUUCGUUUUGAGUUUUGGGCGGAUACACCAUAGAUAAUUAUAAUUUUUCUUUGAUUCAUUAUUCGACAACUUUUUUUUUGCAAAAAGUGAAUUCUAUUAAUAUUAUCUUAUAGAAAAAUGAAAGUUUGCGGCCCGAAAUUAUCCCUUUGCGGGAUUAUAAUCAGCAUCUGGGGAAUAAUUCAACUGGUCUUGAUGGGAUUUUUCUACUAUAUAAGAAGUGUGGCUCUCAUUGAAGACUUGAAAAUGGAAGAGGGUGAAUUAGUUAAAUCAGCUGAAGAAUUCUAUAGCACAGCCGACAAAAUGUAUUCAUUAAAUGCUUACAACUGCUGGAUUGCUGCUUGCCUCUAUAUAUUUACACUAGUGUUUUCUGGACAUCAGUUUUACAUGAAUAACCGUAAUGCAAUGAGUUUGUAAUUCUUUUUAUGUAUAUAUAAUUUUAAAUGUUUUGUUAAUUUUUGUUUGAAAGGGAUAAGUUAGAGGUUAUUUUAGUUUAUAUAAGAUCCAGUAUAAUCAAGUUUAUUUCACUUUUUACUUAAAAAAAAUUAAAUACACUAAGCACAAAAUACAAUAAUAAAAAAUACCUGUCACAACUGAA